AUGAGAGGGAGAGAAGGUAAAGUACCUCCUGCUGCUGAUUUGCUUGUUUGCUUUCCUUCUAGAGCUCAUUUGAGCAUGAUUCCGAAGCCAAUCUGCAGUCCGGUUCGACCGCCGGAGUCCGCCGCAGGGCAGCAGCGGCGCCACCGCCUAAGGAGGAAAUCUAACAGUAGAUUGGGGGUUGGGGUUGGGAAUGGCCAUGGAAGCCCCCAAAUGUGGAUGAAAUCAAAAGCGCCUAAUUCGGAUCUUUCUGAGCCGACGUCCCCAAAAGUCACCUGCGCAGGGCAAAUCAAAGUUAGGGCAAAGCCGAGCUCGUGCAAAAAUUGGCAAUCGGUGAUGGAGGAGAUCGAACGGAUGCAUAAGAAUCGGAAGCAGAAGAGGCGAUCGACGUGGAUUGAAUCGCUAGGGUUUAAGAAAGACGUGAUGCAAUUUCUGACUUGCCUAAGAAAUCUCCGCUUCGAUUUUCGGUGCUUCGGCGCUUUCCCCUCCGCCGGAAUCACCUCCGACGACGACGAAGACGACGACGAUGAAGACGAAGAUGGAGAUGAAAACCACCGUUUGAAAAAGGAUACCGACGGUAGCUCGAACGCCGUCUUCUCCAAGUGGUAUAUGAUUUUGCAGGAAAAUCAAGGGACAGAAUUCGCCAAUAAACAGGCAAACAAAGGGAAAACGGUGACACCGGACUUAGCCGACGACGAAAACGACGGCGAGUUUUCUCAAUCGGCGGCGCCGCCGCCGAACGCCCUGAUGCUCAUGCGCUGCCGAUCAGCUCCGGCGAAAAACUGGCUGUUGGAGGAAAAUUAUUGUGAGAACCAGAAUGCGACGGCGGAGGAACAACUACAACCGGAAUCAGUGACGGCGCAAUGCGGUGGAGAUUGCUCGAAAAUUUCGGAUGAAAUUGCGAGGGAAACGUGGAUCGUCGGAGGAAUCAGAGACAUGCUUCCUCGAAGUCGAAGCUGGAAGCGAUGA